UUCAGCCACUAUUAUCUUUUGUCAUUUGAAAUCAGCAUACAGCUUCGAAGGGAAAGAGGAAAUGGAGGAGCGGUUGGUGGCCGCCUCAAUCACUGACCUGUUGAAGACACCAAAGCCCACUUUUGCUUUUUACGAGUGCCAUCCCCAGCUAUGCUCCUCACACUCCACUUCGUAAGUGCCCCACUCAUCUCUAACUUUUCCACCUCCUCAUCGCCCCCCGUCAUCUCCGCGCCACCACCGGCGCUUGGCGAGGAAGAAGAGAAGAACAAGUGCAGUGCAGCCAUGGUUCCGAUUCUGGUAGCUGCUGUUCAAGUGUUGGCCGGGCUGGUGGGGGUGUCAGAAGGGCAGGGGCUGGUCCCUGGUGUCAUCAUCUUCGGCGACUCGACCGUCGACGUCGGCAACAACAACCACCUCCUCAGUCUCGUCAAGGCCAACUUCCCCCCCUACGGCAGAGACUUUCCCCACCACUCACCAACCGGAAGGUUUUGCAAUGGCAAGCUUGUCACCGACUUUGUUGUCGAGGUCCUUGGAUUCACGACACACCCACCGGCCUAUCUCAGCAAGGAGGCUACAGGAAACAACCUCUUGAACGGUGCCAACUUCGCAUCUGCGUCUUCUGGAUACUUGGAUGCUACAGCAAGUCUCUAUCAAGCAGUCUCUCUGACACGGCAGCUGCGAUACUUCGGGCAGUACCAGGCGAAGGUGAAGAGCAUCGCGGGGAAGGCGACCGCGACGGCGCUGAUCGCGGAUUCCAUCUACGUGCUGAGCGCCGGAAGCAGCGACUUCCUUCAGAACUACUACAUCAAUCCCUUGCUCCGUGCGAUUUAUAGCCCGGAUCAGUUCUCCGGCUUGCUGCUGCAGUCUUUUACCACCUUUGUUCAGGAGCUGCACGACAUGGGAGCAAGACGGAUCGGGGUCACGUCGCUGCCACCGAUCGGCUGUCUUCCUGCGGCCAUCACGCUGUUCGGCGGCGGCGACGGCGACGCCUGCGUGGCGCGACUCAACGACGAUGCGGUGGCCUUCAACGAGAAACUCGACGCAGCAGCUCGGGCCCUCAAAAGGAACCACGCCGACCUGAAGCUGGUCGUCUUCGACGUCUACGGCCCUCUGCUGAAGCUGAUCCGCAACCCCGCAGACGGUGUUGUGGAUGGCAAAGGUUUCUUGGAAGCACGGAGGGCGUGCUGCGGGACGGGGACGAUCGAGACGUCGCUGCUGUGCAAUGCAGCGUCCCCGGGAACAUGCGGCAACGCCACGGGGUACGUGUUCUGGGACAGCUUCCAUCCCUCGGAGGCGGCGAACAGCGUGUUGGCCGACGCCCUUAUCAUCCAAGGCAUCGAUCUCAUCUUCUAAUCUACUACUGUGUAAUCUGGCUAUCUAUCUUUGCUUUCACAUCAUGAUCAUAAAUUUCUCUUCGGAAGUGA